UGAUCACUAAUGAUAAGAUGAUAAAUUGAUUAGUCCAUCAAAAAUAGAUAACUGUUUAUUUAUACUGUUUAAUAAACUAUGUUUAUUAAUAGUUUGUUCAUUGCUUCCAGCUUAAAAAUAUAUUCACUGCUUUUGUUGGUCUUACAUGAAAGUAAAAAAAAUAUUUUAGUUUUUUAGUUUUCAAAGCAAAUGAGACAUCACAUUAUGUUGUACCUCUGGGAUUAAUUAGGCUGCGUCCAGAUUGUCAUUCUUGCUAAUGUGAAUAUUCUUACGAAUAGUGUGCAUGUAUUUAAUGUGCUCUAAUGUAGGACAAUCAGUAUUUUUACUACUCAGCAGCUGCAUUGAUUAAUGGGUUAGUGUUGAUCAGCAGUUGAUUGAUAAGCUGUUUCAGUUGUGUGGAUGUAUUGUUUUUAAUUUGUUUUCUGUGAUAGCAGAGUGUGUUUGUGCUUUGGACACUAAUAGCAGCUUCACCACUUCCUGUCUUAUCUGUGUUGGCAGCAUCAGGUGUGAAACAUGUCUCAGUCCAGGCCUCUUUGUCUUCAUUGUGCUUUAGCGUUUCAGGAUUGCUCGUGUAUUAAGCCUUUUGCUGCGGGUUCAGCCUGGAGCUGAACUGGAGACAGUGUGAUCACAUGGUCAUCAUCUGGAAGUGUAGCAUUGAUUAUUCAAAGAUUAGACUGUAGCUGGUCUCAGGUCUGUUUGUGUGGAUGAUCACACGCUGUGUAAGCUUCAGGCGUCAGCUGAGUGGCUGCAGUCUGAUGAGUGUGUAACGUGACGGCGUGCUGACCCCGAGAGGACCUACAUUCCUCUGCACCAUGCAGUACGCGGUUUGCUUCCAGGACCACGAGGGUCAUGUGACUCGUCCCAGCCGAGCAGCCUGACGUGAGGCCGAUCUGCGGGGCGUCUGUCUCUGUUCUGCUGAACUGGAGCUGAGGAAGGAUGAGGCUGAUCUCUGGGCAAAGCGCUGAGGAUCCAGACUCCCAGCUCCUUAUGGCUGUAUAUGAUGAGAACAUCCUGAAGAAUCCUUUCUACCUGGCGCUGGAGAAGCAGAGACCGGACCUCUGCAGCCGAGUGGCAGAGCUGCAUGGCAUCAUUUUGGUGCCGUGUUGUGGAAGUUUGACCGUCAGCAGCUUCUCAGACUCUCAGUUCGACAGCUAUGUCCUGCAGCCGGCGGAGGACGGGUACCACACUGUGGACGGAAAGGAGGUCAGGAUCCAGGACAGGCAGGUCCUGCUGGGAUCCGGCUUCCCGGCCCCGGCAUCUGUUCCCAUCCUGUUCGAUGAGACCUUCUACAAUGACCAGGAGCAGAGUUACAGCAUCCUGUGCAUCUCCAGGCCUGUGGAGGUGGACCCGGGCCCGGCCGAGCACAGCCCACAGACCCCCUACUGCCUGAAGAACCUGGACGACGUCAGGGAGUUCCUGGGCCGCCACGCCCAGAAACUGGACAAGCUGGUCCAGGGCUUCUGCCAGACCUUCAGAGAGCAGGAGAGGAAAGGACUGAGACACCACAUAGACUCAGUGAACGGACUUUACACCAAAUGUCUUCAGUGUCUGCUGAGAGACUCUCGUCUGAAAGUUCUGGCGAAGCAGGAGCUUCAGAUGAGCCUGCUGAAACAGGCGGUGGAGAUGUACGUUCAUCAUGGCAUCCAUGAUUUAAUUUUUAACUUCGUGGGAACGCUUGAAGCCAGCCAGGACGCCGCCUUCAACAAGACCAGCAGGAGUCUGCAGGAGCUGCAGCAGAAGGAGCUAGGAGUCAAACCUGAGUUCAGUAUAAAUCUGUCCCGGGCGAAGAGAGAGCUGAGUCAGCUCAACCAGCAGACGUCCCCCCUCCUCAAACUGCUGUGCCUGCGCCGAGUCACCCUGACGGCCACGCAGACGCCCAGACGCACCGUCAGCAUAGAAGCUGUGAGUGCAGACGACCUGCUGUCUGUUGUCCUCUACCUGCUGGUGAAGACAGAAAUCCCCAACUGGAUGGCCAACCUGAGCUACAUCAGGAACUUCUGCUUCAGCCACUCCAGUAAAGACGAGCUCAGCUACUGUCUGAGCACCUUUGAAGCUGCUGUGGAGUACAUCAGCCUGGGGAAACUGCAGGACACACACGCUGGCUCUGGUGGACUGAGUGACAAGGUUCUGUUCAAAGAGAGGAUGAGUCUGCUGUCUCACAGCGCAGCCACGCCCAUCCACUGUCUGUUUGAGCACAUAGCGAAUGGAAACGAAGUGGAAGUGGAGCGUCUGCUGAGUGAAGGAGAGAGAGACGAGGAGGUCAGGACUUGUCAUCCUCUCUGCUCCUGUGACCUCUGUGACCUCCAGCUUUCUGGGUGGCUGAACGACCCGUCCAUCGUCACGCCAUUCUCCAGAGACGACCGAGGUUACACGCCGCUGCACUUCGCCGCCCUCUGUGGUCAGUCGCAGCUGAUUGACCUGCUGGUGCAUAAGGGAGCGCCAGUCAACGCCACAGACUACCACACCCUCACACCGCUGCACCUGGCCUGCCAGAGGGGGUACCAGGGCGUCACGCUGCUGCUGCUGCACUACAAGGCCAACGCAGACGCUCAGGACAACAACGGCAACACGCCGCUGCACCUCGCCUGCAUGUAUGGACACGAGGACUGUGUGAAGGCGUUGGUGUACUACGACGUCCAAACCUGCCGUCUGGACCUGCAGAACGACAAAGGCGACACGGCGCUGCACAUGGCGGCCCGCUGGGGCUACGAGGGAAUCAUCCAGGUGCUGCUGGAGAACGGGGCGAGCACCGACGUCGUCAACAAGAACAAAGAGUCGCCGCUGAAGUGCGCACUCAACCCCAAGAUCCUCACGUUGUUGCAGACGAGUCGGAGCGGCCGUCAGCACGCCGUCGAUUCUCCCAGUCGCUCCCCUCAGGCCUCAGACUGCAGCAGCCGUCGCUCCUCCGUCUCCAGCACCUCCUCUCUGGGCUCCGAGGCCAAACCAGAGGGAGACCGGGUCCGACACAGAGAGGUGGUGAAGCUGCUGCGUGCUGUGGCUGACGGUGACGUGGAGAUGGUGCGUUACCUGCUGGAGUGGAUGGAUGAGGAUGAGGAGGAUGAAGGAGAGCUUCAGCCUGAAGUCCUGCUCUGCCACCCGCUGUGUCAGUGUCCAAACUGUGCUCCCGCUCAGAAGCUGUCUGUCCUGCAGGCUGGAGCUCUCUGCGUUAACAGCUCUAAUGUUGAUGGUUUCACGCCGUUGCAUGUCGCCGCCCUGCACGGCCACUCGGUGCUGGCUGCCCUGCUGAUUCGCCACGGAGCCAACGUCAACGCACGCACCAACCAGAGCGCCACGCCACUUCACCUAGCCAGCCAGAACAGCCAUGUCCAGGCGGUGAGGUUUCUUCUCGAGUGCAACGCCAAAUUGAACAAGAAGGAUAACUAUGGGAACACACCUCUAAUACAUGCAUGUCUCCGUGGAAACGUGGAGACAGCCUCCACCCUGCUACAGAGUAACGCGCUGGUGAACGUGGCGAACCUUCAGGGGAACACGGCCCUGCACGAGGCGGUGCGAGGUGGACACCAGGCGCUGGUGGAGCUGCUGCUGAGGAGCGGAGCCUCAGCCAGCCUCAGGAACAAGAGGCAGAGGACGCCGCUGGACUGCGCCUACGAACUGGGUGGCAAGAACACUGAGAUCCUGAGAGCUCUGCAGAAAGCGUCUGGACUUUCUCCCGACGAUGAACCCAUCAAGCUCCUCUCGGUGCCCAAAGGAGCUCUGGCUCAUUCGUUCGUCCAGCAUCUCAGGCUGCAGGAUCAGGCCAACGGCAGGAAGCAGAAGCUGGCGCAGUCCCUCAGCAGGAUUCAGCACAUGAAGAAAGGUUCCUGCGGUCCCCCCUCCAGGUGUUCCACCCUGAACCAGGUGAAUCCAGACAGGAGGAGGCUGCGGAGAGGGGAGACGGUGGACGUCUGCAGCCCGUCGUCAGGCCUGGACGGUGGGCCCCGGCUGAGAGAGCGGCCCCUGGGUCGCUGUCACACUCUGGACUCAGGAGAGCAAACACCGGAGUCCACAGACACGACUGCACGCGCUCCACGCCAGCCUCACGCCCACAGCAACGCUUCACCAUCACAAAGCAGCUGCCCAGUCGGCCUCCACCCCGACCUCCACCUUGAUCUAACAGCAGAAGCAAGUGAGUCCAGCCGCGGAGGCUGUGAGGAGUCGUGCAGGGAGACGAGCUCAGAACUGGUUUAAACCAGCUUUGUGCUCCUCAGCAUCACAGGAGCACAAAGCUUCUGACCUGAGGUGACGAUGACUCUGUGAUGAAGCUGACUCGCACUGCAGCCUACCUGCCAAGUUCUCCACAGAAGCAUUCGGGUCUGGACGCUGAUGUUUGCGUUGAUGUUGAAGUGCUGAAGGACAGGUGGCACUUUUUGUUUGGUAAUCAUGUGAUGCAUUUCGGUUACUCGUCAGUAAAGUGUCCCGCUGCUGUAACUAUGGCAACCAGAGCGACUUCACGAUGCUGACGACGCCGUGCCGUCAGUCAGACGCUUUCUUCUCUAACUCCGUGUUAAUGUGUCAAAGCACAACCAACAAAACCUGCAGACGUCUGUCAGAAGGUUUACACUCCGAUCCCUGACCCAGUAAUCAGCCACAAGCUGAAGUCCGUCCUGCUGAUGUCCCGCCUGAAUCCUGUCACGUUGAUGUCCUGUUCAUUUACACUCGUUUUCUUGUAAAGGGAACGGAGCUUUGAUGUGCUCGGACCAGGAGGGAAAUCCCUCCAAAAUAAAACAGGAAGCAGAAGAAUGAGUCAUUUCCUGUUCCGCUGUGUGACUUUAACAGCUCACAUGUUGGUGGAAACAUUAAGAGACUUUCUCCCAGCUAAACUCUUCGUCCUCCUCCUGUGUUUGAAGCACUUUGUCCUCUUCUAGCUGCCACUGAAACAGAAAGGGAAGCAGGCUGACUGCAUGUUGUUGCUUCAGUUGUGUGAGCACCAGGUGUCCUUUGAAAGUUUAUUUUUAUUUUACUUGAGAACUGGAGGUCGUUUUAACUUAAAAUGAUUUUCACUUCGGUUGAUUUGCUCGUGUUCCUGUUCAGCCUCGCGCUCCUCCACAUGCUUUUAUUUUUAGGAUCAUUUGACUUAAUAACUCUUGUUGAUGGCAGCAUGCUGUGCGUUCAGAGAGGCCAGCUUCUCCUGAAUGUUUACACACACACAGACACACACACGUGCACACACACACACAAAGUCGUGUUUCCAUCACUUUUGGGAUCAUUACAUAGACUUCCAUUCAUUUCCUGGAGGCUUAACCACCACAUAACCAUAACAGUAAACAUUACUUUCCUUAACGUAAUCCUAACCUCAGUCUAACCUUAAAGCAACUCUUCACCCUAACAUUUAAUGGUUUACGUUGCAUUUUCAUUUUGUUCCCGGGGGGUCCUCACAGUGUGACUGUGAACAGAGUUUUGUCUGCACAACUACAGGGAUACACACACACACACACACACACACAGCUGGUCUUAAAUCAUUCAGCUCAUUACUUCCUUGAUUACUUGCUUGAUUUUAAUUUGUUUCUGUGACCUGCUGCAGACGACAUCACGGUCCAGCAGCCAUUUUCAUACGUACAUUCAUUGAUUUAACCAGGAAGCUGCUUCACUGAGGUCAGACGUUUGCUUCACAGACUGAAUGCUCAGCUGAGUGGGCGGUAAGAAGAAGAGCACUCAGUGAAACGUUACAGGUGUACUGUCCUCAGACUGUCCGCUGUGGUGCGUUCAGGAACCCUCUGACAACAAGAAAUCACUGCUGACUGCCAAACAGUAUGUGAUAUGCAUGCAAUAAAAACAAUACCAAUCCGCAGCUGGCAGUCGCUGCUCUGUCCCAGCUUCCUUAAACGCAUCAGCUGAGUCUUCAAACUCUCAGGCACUCUUACCACGCAGAGAAUCACUUCAGUGUGAACCAGGAAGUAACAGUGAACCAAAAUGUAUUGACUUGUAGCUGCGUCGUGUUGAGGUGCUGAGCUGCUCCUGAUCAGGUUUCUGAACAGUCUCUGAUGGUCCUGAACAUGGCAGAUGAGUCCUGAUGUCUCAGGUUUCUGAUGCUCCAUGUGAACGUCACGUUUGCGAAGGAACCAGGACGGGACUCACAAAUCCAGAUACUAGAGCACAUGUGAACACACUCAGGUUCAGUGAAUUGGUUCAAUGAAUUUCAGUGAGUUUUUUGUUACAUUUUACAGACCACAUGAGGAAACAACAGAACAUUUUAACUCUGAGUUUGUGUUGAAGGAUUGAAAUGUGAUGCAGAACACUUCAUGGUUCACUUUAUAGUUUGAUGUCACAGGCUUCCACAUUGAAUUCACGUCAUGCGGUACUGACGGGUUCCUGAUCUGAGCAGGUUUCAGGUCUGUGCUGUGGAUUUGGCAGCAAACUGAAAUGAAGUGCAGGAUCAGCAGUGAUGUCACAACCAGUUUGGUCCUUUAGCAUCAAGGGCAUUUAAUCCAUCUGCAUUACAUCUGGGCGUGCUGGACGACUGUCACCGUCACUUCCUGUCCACACGGCUCAUUUCCUGUUCCACAGUCAAACAGGAAGUGAGCUGCCCACCGUCACUUCCUGUCCACACAGCUCACUCCCCGUUUGACCGUUCAGUUUCUGACCUGCUGUUUGUACCCACUUGUCAUGUUUUUGUCCUGUCACAUGGACCUCCAGCAGCCUCUUCGUGUUUGAAGUUUGAGCAGGAAGGAUGUCAAAUCCAUCCUGAAUUAUUUUUGUACUGUUGUUGUGUUCAGGUUCGGAUGUUGAAAGGUGAUUUAAAGAUGAUGUGACUGUGCCUUAUUUAAUACACACCCAAAUAACCAAUAAUAAACCUGUUGCUGAGACCAA